UUGGAGAGGCACAAGACUCAGGCCUGGGCCAAAAGCGUAUCCGCCAGAUACACCGAUAAGCAAAUUAAUAAUCUUAAUUAAAGCGCUGCGUGACAAGGCCCCCUCUCCCCCCAAUACACCUAUCCUCUCGAAAUUUGCGAAAAAAUUAAACGAAAUAAUUCUCGAAAAUCUUUGUAUCUGUGUAUCGGAGAACUGAAAAGAGGCCGUCGUUUGGCGCUCUCGCAUCUCAGUUGCCAGUGGGCGAAAGACGCAACUGCUGCGACCUUGCAAUGCCCUUGAAUGACACUCUUAUUGCGACCAAGUCGCCAACGUUGCCACUCCAACGGGCGCUGCUACCACGGCUGCCACUCAGCGCUGGCAAAAAUAUAAAUAUAAAUAAUAAUAAUUGCUAAAAAUCACAUAAACGCACAUAAGAAUAAAUAAAGCCCAAAACAAAAGGCUGCGCUGAACGAAAGUGAACAUUUUAUUGAAGUCAACUAAUUUUCGCGUGCCUUCGUGAAAGCCGAAAACCUCCGACGGAUCCUUAUCGAAGCCUUAGCCCAAGUCAAAUCGAGUGUGUGCGGAUAAAGAAGAAAAUAAAUAAUUUUGAAUUAAAGAUUCCCAUGCGCAGAAAAAUUAAAUAAAAAUAAAGGCAAACAAAAAUCCUACAACAAGAAAGUGUUAUCUAACUAGCGCCCCCUGGCGGCUUGUGAGUGCGACGAAUGAAAGUGAAAGUUCUCGACUGGUGAUUAUCCUUCGGUAACCUUUCUCCCACAUUGGGUCACUUCCUCGGCAUCGAAACAUAAACGACAUCCGGGCACGCAAUAACCAAAAGGCCACCCAGCAUAUAUAGUAACUAUAUAUACCUAGAUUCGGUAUAUGUGGGCGAUAUUUAUGCCACAUCUUUUGACAAGCAAUUCUUUUUAUUGCUUCGCCGUCGAGCGCGAGAAAAGCACUGGCAAAGGCCAGAAAGGGAACGCCUUGGAAUAAUAUUAAAACAUCAGAUAUUCCGCAGAUCGGUUGCAGCAGACACGGUUGUGUGCUGACGUGACGUAAAUGAACGAUCCCGGCGAUAUACCACUGACACACACGGGUACUCCGGACAGCAGGCCGCCCUGCAGCAUCAUCUCCAUCAUACCAACCAUAGGGAUGUCCUCAUGUCGCGGAAGAGCCGAGGCGUUCGCUCGGAGUCUGUCCUCCAAGCUGCGCACCUUGGGAUCACAGACAACCGAGGAGGGCGAGGGCAACGCGGAGGAUGAGCCAAUCAUCAAUGGAACCAGCACGAACACGUGGGUGAAUUCCCACGACUCGGAACAGACGGUGACGGACCUGCAGCCCCUUCGCCAUGAGUCCGACUCCUUCUUCGACUUCGACUGCGAGCUGGAGUCGCCGGGGAGUCCCGUGGACGAGUGCGAGUACCUGCGCCUGAUCGAAACCGCCUCGAAUACGCCGCACAACUCUACGGCGGAGUCGGGCUACGCCUGCGCUUCAAUGGCCAGCAGUCACAGCAGCAGCACCGACGGCCCCUACUUCGAUGCCUCCGCUUCCGCUUCCACAUCCACAGCUGCAGCUGCCCAGGACCAAAAGCUGCCAGCCUCGGAACUCAAGGAGUAUGCGAAUACCAUACAGCUAAACGGAAGGCACGGACUGGCCAACGGAGUGCAGGAGGAGGAGCAGCCAGCUGUUGAGGAGCCUGCUCAGGAGGACGAGGCCUUCUUGCAGGCCCAGAUCCUCAGUGAAAUUCAUCAACACAGUAUCAGUUUGCGGGCCGUGGAACAGACCAAGCCCGAAGAGGAGCCGCUCAGCAAUGGGCAUCUCGAGGAAGGGGAGGAGAUGGAACUGAAGGAAGUCCUAGAGGUAGCUGGUACUACAGACAGAGCUCCAGAGGUGGUCUCCACGGAAAGAGCACUCAAAGAAGUCUCACAAGAGGAGGACGUCUCCACUGACAGAGCCCAAGAGGAAUCCCCUCACGAUAGAGUUCAAACAGAAAGGGUUCAGGAGGAGAUCCCUUACGAAAGAGUUCAGGAAGAAACACCCAACGACAGGGUCCAAGAGGAAGCAUCCAACGAGAGGGUUCAACAGGAAGCCUCCACAGAAACCUCCUCUGAAAGAACCCCCACAGAGGAGACCUCCUUCCCCGACAGGACCCUCCAGGAAACCAGAGACGUGGAACUCUCACCGGACAGUGGCGUGGAUGAAACAGACAAAUCGGCCAGCAAUCUCACCGUUAACGUGGACCUGGCCCAAAUCGAACAGGCCAAACAAGAUGCCACUGAGGCUGUGGAGAAGAGUGGCGCCCAGAGUCAUGGCAUCGAUACCACAGACGACGAGGACGAUUGCAGACCCCAGCGCAUCAGGCGCUGCUCCUCCCUAAAAACGGGAAAGACACCACCUGGAACUCCGGGCCGCAAGAAGAUAGUGAGGUUCGCCGAUGUCCUUGGCCUGGAUCUGGCCGAUGUGAAGACCUUCCUGGACGAGAUACCCACCAUACCGAAGUCGGCUUUCGAGGACCUGGAGAUACUGGAGGCGGAACCGCCCCUUCAAAUGGGCCCCAAGUCCGACAAGCUACUGAUGCCUCUGUUCCAGCAGCCAGGCGGCCUGCCCAAGUUCCUCGAUGCGGUCAGGGAAAAGCAGGUGUCGCUGGAGAACGCCGCCGUGUCGGACAACAUCAACCAGACGAUAUCCGGAUCGGUGCGCGUCCGGAAUCUUGACUUCCACAAGUCGGUGCACAUAAGGUACUCGCUGGACGGGUGGAGGAGCUAUGCCGACCUGCAGGCCAACUACGUGGAGAACUCCUGCGACGGCUUCUCCGACAUCUUCACCUUCGUGCUGUUCGGGAACUCGCUGCACGUGGGCCAGCGGCUGGAGUUCGCCGUGCGAUUCCAGUGCAAGGGCCAGCAGUUCUGGGACAACAACUACGGGGCCAACUACUGCUUCCAGUGUCUGCCCAGCUCGACACAUACCGCCGGCAGCUCGACGGCAUCGCCCCCGUCCGUGGCGACUGGCCCCGUUACCUCGGGCCACGGUGCCACUCUGGUCGGAAUGCUAAGCCCCACGGCGGGCGAUGCCUGGUGCAGCUCCUUCUACUAACCGGUGGCGAUGGGCCCGCACUAAAGGCACUGGCACACCGUAUAGAACCCAUCCCCCAUCCAUCCCCAACCCACGGACACGACACCAAGGUCUGGGAUUCCCCCAACCUUGAAGUUGUGUCUUCUUACCGAGAGAAUUCGAAUCCCCAAGUCCCAGAUGACCGGCCAGACAGAGAUCACAGAUCAGAAUACCUACCUUCAUUGGGCUACCUCUUCGUUAGGGUGUUUCGUUCUUUCGAUGGAAAUCCUGAUUGGGAAUAAGUAAUUUUAUGAAAAUUCGAGUCAGGUACCCACAACUGAAACUCAAUUCACAGAUAGAUGUCGUAUUUGAACACCCCUUUACAAGAACUGUGUUUUUAUCUCAGUUUUAUAGCCUAACGGGAGCUAUAAAUAGAACCAGCAAUCUAUAAAUACCUAGAGCUGAUAUAGGUUCAACACCUUAUCAGUUCAUAAAACAACUUAGAUAAAGACUCAGUUUAAGUAAAAAGGUAGUUACUAUAAAAUACCCAUGAACUGUCUUUAAAUUACUGUACUCCCUCGGGAUUUUCAAGUUUUUGAACACAAAUAAGUCGAAUCACCCUACCCUUCCUCGAGAAGGCAAACAUUGUUUAUAUUUUUAUAGAACGGAAUAGAUUGAAGGGUUAGUGAAGGAGGAAGCUAUGAAAAGCUAAUAGAGCGCCACAAAAAUUAAAGAAACAAACCAGAGUAGUGCGAGCAAGAACAAAAGCCAGCAAAGUUCGAAUCAAUCCCAAAGAUAGUUGUUAGUCGUAUGUUAUAAGAAGAGCAAGUGAUAACAAACUAAAAUCAGAUCAGUUUCUUCAAUGUCUUCUUCUGUUUUCAGUUAUUCCCAAUUUUUAUUUGGUUCGUUCCUAGGUUUGUUUGCUAUGAGAAAGCGUUUCCAGGUCGCUGCCAGUUGGAUCGGGUUAUUAAGAUUGGGUUUCUGCCAGUUGAUGUACUCUUAAAGAAUUCAUUUUUGUGAGAAGAUUAAUUGCUGUUAAUCUUAGUUCAGCACCAGUUCUGAGAAGUAAACGAGCUUAGCACUAUUUACAUACUCUUCGUUCCGUAAGAGCAGCUAUACGAUUAGCUCUUUCGACAGUUGCCAGAUCAUUUUAUAGCCCUGCUUAUAGAUCCAUUCGAGCACAGAGACCAAGUCCAAAGUUAACUAUAACUAACCAACAUCCAAUAUCUAGUCAAUUCGAGUUUAAUUUUGCGACCUUUUUGACUAUUUACAGUCCCAAAGGAAAUACUCCUAUCCCAUGAUCUUUGUACCCCGAUCGGAAAUACUUUUUCAACCAUCUGACACAACAGACAAACCUUAACUUUUGUUUCUCUUCAAUGUUGAUAUUCUUCUAACGUUUGAUUUUUUUUAAUAUGCUUUAAUUUUAAUUUAUACGAUUUAAAUAUUUUUUAUGUAUAUGUUGAUGCGUAAUAAAUAUCGUAAUAUUAUAUAAAUAUAUAUAUACAGAAUAAAAUAAAUAUAAAAUUUAGUUAUUCCUCUUUGGUUGAUUUUUACUUAUGUUUUCGAAAUAAUAACGAUUCGAACUCUUCUUAUCUGCAACAGAACCUUAAAUAGCCAAUAUCAGGGAUAAACAAGCGAAUACCUACUUAUAAAAAUCAAUUGCAAACGCAGCUACCUCAAUGUUUUCAGACCGAAAACACGAAAAAAUGAGAAUAAUAGUUAAACAAAUUAUAUGAAUAAAAUAAAAUACCUAUUAAAUAUGUUUAUUGCAUAGCAAACAUGUAUAAUACAAAACAAAAAGCAAAAAAACAAAUAAAAACUAACUUUAAAAGUUACAACUAUUUACAUAUGUUAACAUAGCAGAAACCUCAUAAAAAUUACAAAAGUCCCCCCAAACCAAAUGACUUAGACUGACGCGUGAGUAUUUCGCGAAAUGGCGAAAAAUGUUAUGAGAUCUGCCCAAAAACCAGAAAUUUGUUAAGGUUUGUGUGGGCGGGGCUUUUGUCAGCACGAGUUCCACUUCACACUAACAAAAGAACAAUAAAGAACCCACAAUAAAAUAA